ACUAGUAUUUAAACGGGAGAGAUAAUAGAGAUCGUUUUAGUAGAGAAACACCAAAGGAGCUGAGAUAAGAAGUUAUAGUCACUCUAGAGAGGAGACAGGGAACUUGUUUUUUGAGUUAUAACCUUAUCUUUCUGAACAAGAAAAGGUUGCAAUCGAUUAUUUUCAGGUCUUGUGCCAAAAAUGGAGUGCUUAAAAUCACCUUUCAAAGGAGUUGUCAAUGACAUUCAAGGAAGAGCAAGGUGUUAUAAAGAUGAUUGGACAAGUGCUUUUCGUUCAGGAUUUGGGCUAUUGGCUCCAACAACUUAUAUUUUCUUUGCUUCUGCUCUUCCUGUAAUUGCCUUUGGCGCGCAGCUGAAUAGAGACACAGAUGGAAGCUUGAGCACGGUCGAAACACUAACUUCAACGGCGCUUUGUGGAAUCAUACACUCAAUUUUUGGUGGCCAACCACUCCUUAUUUUAGGAGUUGCAGAACCCACUAUCAUCAUGUACACUUACCUUUACAACUUUGCCAAAAAUAGAGAUGGUUUGGGACAAGAACUCUAUUUGGCUUGGGCAGGAUGGGUUUGUGUGUGGACUGCUCUGUUGCUGUUUCUCCUAGCUGCAUUCAAUGCUGCCACUAUCGUCAACAGAUUUACGAGGGUUGCUGAAGAGCUUUUUGGCAUGUUGAUUACAGUUUUGUUCCUUCAAGAGGCUAUCAAGGGUAUGGUGGAGGAGUUUAAAGUUCCUAAAAAUGAAAACUCAGCAUCAAACCAGUACCUAUUUCACUGGCUCUAUGUGAAUGGGUUACUAGGUGUUAUAUUCACAUUUGGCCUUCUCUAUACUGCAUUGAAGAGCAGAAGAGCCAGGUCCUGGUUAUAUGGGACAGGGUGGUUGAGAAGUUUUCUUGCAGACUAUGGGGUGCCUCUCUUGGUGGUAGUGUGGACAGCUUUCUCAUACACAGUGCCAAGUAAACUUCCAUCAGAAAUCCCAAGAAGAAUUGUUGCUCCUUUGGCUUGGGAAUCUACAUCUACGCGCCAUUGGACAGUAAUCCAAGAUAUGGGGAAGGUUUCUCCAACAUAUAUUUUUGGUGCUUUUGUUCCUGCCUUGAUGGUAGCAAUGCUUUACUUCUUUGACCAUAGUGUUGCAUCCGGGAUGACGCAACAGAAGGAAUUCAAUCUCAAGAAACCUACUGCAUAUCAUUAUGACAUAUUGUUACUUGGAUUAAUGGUAUGUGUAUCUCUUUGUACACAGAAUAGUUUACCUAUGAAUCUUAUCAUUAAUAUGAUCUUUUCUUGGGGUAAAACAUUUCAGGUUUUGAUUUCUGGAUUAAUUGGCUUACCCCCUUCAAAUGGUGUUCUGCCUCAAUCUCCUAUGCACACCAAGAGCCUUGCUGUUCUCAAGGGUCUGAUGAUUCGGAGAAAGAUGGUUGCAACAGCCAGGGAAGGCAUAAAAAAGAAAGCUAGCAACUUUGAAAUAUACGGGAAGAUGCAAGAGGUGUUUGUAGAAAUGGACAGUAGCCCAGUUACUUAUGUGGAAAAAGAACUAGAGAACUUGAAAGAGGUUGUCCUCAAAGGUGAAGAUAAAGGAGACAAUAAAAAGGAUACCUUUGACCCUGAGAAGCACAUUGAUGCAUAUCUUCCUGUUAGAGUAAAUGAGCAGAGAGUGAGUAAUUUCCUGCAAUCACUCUUUGUUGGGGUAUCGGUUUUCGCUAUGCCUAUCAUAAAAAAGAUUCCAACUUCAGUUUUGUGGGGAUACUUUGCAUACAUGGCCAUUGAUAGUCUUCCUGGAAACCAAUUUUGGGAAAGGAUACUACUUCUUUUUGUAACACCUAGUAGGUGGUACAAAUUGUUGGAGGGUGAUCAUGCUUCCUUUGUGGAAUCGGUACCAAUCAAAUACAUAGUCCUUUUCACACUCUUGCAGUGUGUGUAUUUCUUGGUUUGUUUUGGUGUGACAUGGAUUCCGAUCGCCGGAAUCUUGUUCCCUUUGCCAUUCUUUGUACUGAUCUUGGUGAGGAGACAUAUCCUCCCUAAGUUGUUCAAUCCUUACCAUCUAAGUGAACUAGAUAGAGCUGAAUACGAAGAAAUCGCGGGUGCUCCAAGACUUUCCUUCAGUCAGAUGGAGUCACCUAGUUUUGGUUCAAGGGAAAUGUGUGAUGGUGAAAUAUUAGAUGAGUUAACUACUAGCAGAGGGGAGUUGAAGGUUAGAAGUGUUAGCUUUAGAGAGGAAAGGCAUGGUCAGGGAUUGCAGGUGUAUCCUGAUGAAAUAGUUUGUGAAAAUGAAUCCUCAUGAUUGUUAUAUAGGGACUUGGACAACAAAAUAAAAUAUGGGUAGUGCCGCAGUGGUCAAUGGUCACUGACUAAACUGUUUAUUUCUCUGGCCUGUUCUGAUUACCGUUGUUUAUAUCCUCUGGAAGAAAAGAAAAAGAUAACAAACCGAGUUCAAGCUUUGCAUUGUGUGUAGUUUGUGAAAUUCAGAAUGUACAACAAGCUAAAUAAUAGAGAAAGUUUGUGCUUUAAUUUGUACUAUAUUAUGAGUAAUGAAUCUUGAGAGUGCUUGUCAUUGUAA